AUGGACUAUAAGUUUAAAGAGGAUGAUACUUUGACUAAUCCAAGCCUUAGCACAUCAACACGUGACAGAAUAUUUAGCGAAACAAUAGAAUUGAUUGAGUCUGUCGAGAAUUCAGAUUCAAAAAACGAAAUUUUAAAGAAGAUUGCAAGCAACAUAAGCAAACAAGAAGGCACAGAUCUCACUGAUAUGGUUAAUCAAACAAACUUUAUCAAUAUUCUCGUCAAUACUUGCCAAACAGAUAAAUCCGCUGCUAUUCAAUCUUUGCAAUGCAUAAAGGCAUUAAUGAAUAAUUCUGUUGCUCUUAUCAGAUUAUUAUUCGAGAAUAACAUCUUGGAACUUCUAGAAUUCCUACUUACAUCAGAUGAUACGAAAGUCUCUGGAUUUUCCGCCAAAUGCAUGAAGAAAUUACUCAAGCUACUCAAUAAAGAAGGAAUUCAAGUAGAAAUCGACCAAAAUAUGAUUGAUUCUCUCAGCCAUUUCGGUCAAAUUUCAAAAGACGAAUUGAAUGAACUUUAUGUCAAAUUAUUAUAUGAAAUAGUUUCUCAUUAUGAUAUUUUGAACUUUGCUUUUGAUUUCAUUACACAAUUUUUAAUUUUACUUGAACACAGGAGUUCUUCAGUUGUAAGUUGCUACUCUCUUCUCAUAAUGAAAGAAAUCAUUACGAAAUACCCAGAAUUCCAAUACGAAAUCUUUUCAUUUCCAAUUAUCGGAAUUACUUUGGAAACAGACUUGUUUUCUACCAAUUUUGAUAUUAACUCGGUAUUAAAUACAAUAAAACUCUACAUAGAAUUCCAGAAUCCAUUAAUUAUGGACCAAAUUAAACAAAAUCUCAAAAAGAAUGAUUUGGUAGCAUUGCUGAACAUAAAUGAUGAAAAGAUAGUCGAAACUGAUAUUGAUUUGAUAUAUUGCUGUAUCAAUUAUCAAAUUAUUUCAGAUGAUUUUAUUCAAAACUCAGAUUUGAUUCCUUCUCUUAUAAAUGUUCUCGAAAAUUCGAGUUUAAGAAGUAAAAAGAGCGCAAUUCAUUUACUUUUGCAAGAAAAAAUUUCUAAUUUUCUAAAUUCGGAGCAAUUACUUGAAAUAUUCUCUACUGGAGUUGAUAUGCUUCCUAACAUGGAGUCUACACGCUCUGAGUUCAUUUCAAUGAUCUAUAAAUCAAUUGCUUCCCAAGAUCAGCAACUUGUCUUUAAGUUGAAGGAAAUUUUAGAACAGAAUGAUUUCUUUGACAUCCUUGAUGACCUUGAACUUAGUGAACAAGAACAAUUGUUCUUGAUUGGUAUCAAUAAAUCUUUUCAAACUGAUUUUUAA